AUGAAGAUUUUUCUCCUCGCCAUUCUUUGUUUCUUUGUUGCCGCCCAGGCACAAGAAGUACAGAUCAGGCUUUUGGGAAAGAACGAAAACAAAAACGUUUGCGACAGUGACGAGGACGAAAUGAACAUCUUGAUUGAAGCAGCCAUCGACCAGGUGCUUGAGAUGCACAACAUUCCCGUUCCAGAAUCUUACAUUACAGGGAACAAUAACAGAAUGUUGCGUGAAACCCGUGAUUUACAGCGAGGCAGUGGCAAUCUUUGUAAUUGUUGGGAGGCGCCUCCUGCUAUGUGCUUGUGGUUUUGCCCCGGGGGAGGACGGGGCCUUGCCGAAGCCGCUGAACGUCGUGAUAUUGCCGUUACCUCACUGGUUCAAGAUCUCAUGUUCGAUGAAGAGUCGGGCAUCGCCAAAGCUUUUAUGCAGCUUGUUUCCAGCGGUCGCAUUUCUCACAGGUGCCGACGUGCGCUAUUCCGCCUCGUUGUAACCAACAAUCUUGAAAUAUCAGUAAACGUGGUGGAAUGA